GGCUUUUGUAGCAAACUGAUGAUAAGAGUUCCUUUUAAAAGACUGUGCAUCUUUCUUGAGCCACUUUGAAGGGAAUGAAGUUUUACACUAAGCCUUUUAUGUGAAUUAAAGCUUGAAACUUCGUUUCACAAUAUGAAGAUGCUACUGACUUUGUUCCUCCUCUUUAUUGGGAUUCAGACUUCAAAGAAUCAGGACACUGCCCCUGAGUCUGCAGAUAUUGUCUUUUUGAUUGACAGCUCCGAUACCCUGGGAAAGAAGGCAUUCCCUGCGUUAAAAAAUGUCAUGAUCAAAAUCAUUAAUAAUCUACCAGUAGCUCCUAACAAAUACCGUAUUGCACUUGCCCAGUACAGUGAUGAUUUGCAAAAUGAAUUUCUGGUAGACAGAUAUAAAACAAAGACCCUUAUGAUAAACCACAUCAGAAAGAAUUUGGUAUUCAAGGGUGGGUCCAUAAGAACUGGCAAUGCUCUGCAAAAGGUUCGUGCAACCUAUUUCAAAGAACCAAUUCAUCCAAGUGACAAACCGCAGAUUUUGGUAGUUGUGACUUCGGGGACCUCAGAAGAUGAUGUAAAGCAGGCUGCCAAUGUUUUAAAAAGAAGUGGGGUGAAAAUCAUAGCUGUAGGACUACAGAAAGCUUCUCCUGAAGAACUGCAAUCAAUGGCAACCCAAGAAUUUUUUUAUGAGUAUCCCACAAUACGAAACCUCUCUGAGUUUUCUCAGAAUAUUCCCAUGAUCAUAAAGGAAGUUAUCCAAGCAGAUGUUAAUGGCAUAAUCCCUACACCUACGGUUGACCUUGAAACUGUAGAAGUCUGUGAAAGAGAUUCAAUUUCUGAUGUUGUGUUCAUAGUGGAUGAAGGUGCUCCAAGAGCAAACUUUGAGCAUGUUAAAACAUUCCUGGAAAACACAGUGUCCUUGCUUGAUGUGAAGAAGGAUUGCAUAAGAACUGGCCUGGUGACAUACAGCUCCGAACCACAUGUGAUAUCUUUACUGAACGCAGAAACAAACCGUGCUGAUAUUCUAAAUAAAAUACAGGGGCUUUCUUCCAGGGCAGGGAAAGCCAAUAUGGGCGCAGCCCUUAAAGUGACAAGGGAAAAAGUUUUUGUUGAAUAUGCUGGAAGCAGAAAGACUCAAAGUGUAAACCAAAUAGCCACACUGAUCACUCACAGAGCCUCAGACGACCAUGUGAGUGAAGCAGCUCGUGAUCUUCGUAGAACCGGUGUCACUGUGUUUGCCAUAGGCGUUGAAAAUGCUAAUGAAACCCAAUUGACUCAGAUAGCAUCAUAUCCUCAGCCACAGUAUGUUACUACUCUAAAAAAAUUUGUUGACUUGACAAAAGAGGAUACAAACAGAAAUUUUAGAAAGAAACUCUUCAAUCAAAUACAGAACAAGCUCUAUGUCCAGACUGAGAGAAGCAAAGAUCUCAAAACAGGAUGUAUGGACACAGAGGAAGCUGAUAUAUAUCUGCUUAUUGAUGGCUCAACAAGCAUCAACAUCCCUGACUUCAAGGACAUAAAAGAGUUUGUGAAGGAAGUGAUUGAGAUGUUUAACAUAGGACCAAAUAACGUUCGGUUUGGAGUUGUGCAGUAUUCACACAAAAUAGAACGGGAGUUUACACUUGAUCAAUACCAGAAAAAAGGUGAUUUAGUGAGGGCCAUUGACAAUGUUAGGCAAAUAUAUGGAGACACUUAUACAGGAAAGGCUCUAGAAUACAUGCAGCCACUGUUUACAGAAGCAAAGGAGCAGCGAAGAGUACCUUGUCACCUCAUCGUCCUCACAGAUGGAGAAGCACAUGACAGGGUAAAAGAACCUGCCGAUAAACUGAGGGCUAACCAAGUUAAUGUUUAUGCCAUCGGUAUAAAAGGUGCUAAUAAAACACAACUAGAAGAGAUUUCAGCCUCAAAAGCCAGGACCUAUUUUGUAAAUGACUUUGACUCCUUGAAGGUCAUAAAAGAUGAAUUAGUUCAAAAGAUCUGUUCCAAAGAAGCCUGCAAAGAAAUGAAAGCUGACAUCAUGUUCCUGGUGGACAGUUCUGGGAGUAUCGGAUACGAAAACUAUGCCAAAAUGAAAAGGUUUAUGAGAGAACUGGUGAACAAAUCUGACAUUGGCACGGAACGAGUGCAAGUUGGGGUUGUGCAGUUCAGUGAUGUUCCCAGGGAAGAGUUCCAGCUCAACCAAUACUCUACCAAAAGCGAAAUUGUUAGUGCUAUAGAUAGAAUGAAUCUUAUAAAUCAAAAUACACUAACUGGAAAUGCAUUGACUUUUGUGGCUCAGUAUUUCCAACCUUCCAAAGGAGCACGUCCCAAUGUCAAAAAAAUUCUUAUCCUGAUCACCGAUGGGGAAGCACAAGAUGCAGUAAAAGAACCAGCAACAGCCCUACGACAGGAUGGCAUUAUUAUUUACUCGGUUGGAGUUUUUAAUGCAAAAAAAACUCAGCUAGAAGAGAUUUCUGGGAAGCCUGAAUUUGUUUUUUAUGUUGAAAAUUUUGAUUUGAUGAAGCGCAUAGAAGACAAUAUCAUUUUUGGGGUAUGCAGUCCUCCUGAGGACUGCAAAAGAAUACAACGUUUAGAUAUUGUGUUUGUCAUAGACGGUUCUGGAAGCAUAGAUGAAACAGAAUACAAGACCAUGAAAGACUUCAUGAUUUCCUUGGUGAGAAAGUCUGAUGUUGGCCCAGACGGAGUUCAGUUUGGAGCUGUAAAAUAUUCUGAUGACCCAACAACAAAUUUUUACCUUAAUACAUACAGUACAAAAUCUGAAAUUAUUAAAGCUAUCCAGGACGACGAACGUAUAGGAGGUGCGACAUACACUGCCAGUGCACUUAAGCAUUCACACACUCUGUUCAUUAAGGUACGCGGCAGUCGCAUGAACGAGGGAGUUCCACAGGUUCUUAUAGUGAUAACUGAUGGCGAAUCGAAUGAUAAGCAAGAACUUCCUGAUGAAGCCCAGAAAUUAAGGGACAAAGGCAUUAUUAUCUAUGCAGUUGGAAUAGAAGCAGCAAAUUAUGACGAACUUUUGAUGAUGGCAGGAGUGGAAAACAAAUGCUUCUAUGUGGAUACAUUUGAUGGGCUCAAAGACAUAUCCUUCAAUUUAUCAAAAGAAGUAUGUGAUGAUACAAAACCACCAUGCAAAAUUAAAGGAAGUCUAGUUUUCUUGGUUGACAGUAGCAGCAUCCCAAUGACGCAAUUCAGUGAAAUGCAGGAUUUCAUGAAAGAAGUUGUCAAUUAUGUCAACAGUUCUGAACAUUUACGAGUUGGCCUUGCUCAGUACAGCAGUAUAUAUAAGGAAGAACUCAAGCCGGAUGACUCUGAAAACAAAAUAGCAGUGCAGAAUACAAUUGAAAGGAUGAAACGGGAGGUAGAAGAUGAAAUUAAACCGUAUUUUGGAGCCGCACUUAAGAAAGUAAAGUAUUACCUUGAAUUGAUAGGACAUGAAAGCAUACAUGAGAAUUUCACAAGGUUGCUGAUAAUCGCUGAUGGAAACUCACGUGAUGAUGUCGCUGGUCCAGCACAAAUUUUGAGAAAUAUAGGAAUUAAAAUCUAUGCUAUAGGCGUUGGACAGAUAAAUCACCCAGCGCUUACCCAAGUAGUUGGCACUUCAGACAAGUGGAAAUACAGUGUUACUGAUGUUAAUCAGCUGAGAAGCCUCAAGAAAAGGUUAGCUGAUGACUUCUGUGAAAAGGAUAAAGCAAUUUGUUUUGUGGAUAUCGUCCUGGGAUUUGAUAUCUCUUCACAACAGCGAGGACAUAAUUUGUUUCAUGGACAAUCCCAGCUGAAAGCAUAUCUUCACGAGAUUCUGCGAGCCCUCACAUCCCCAAGCAGCGUGAGCUGCAGUAAAGAGACAGGCGCACAGAGCAGUGUGGCGGUUCAAGUGAAGAACACAGACAAGCUGGUGUCCGCAAAAUUCCGCAUUGAUAGUCAAGAAAUCCUAAACAGCCUGACAAAUGUUGUGGUCAAUGGGUCAUCCCAUCUCGAUGUCAGCUUCCUGGAGCUGCUUUGGCAAACAUUUGAAAACAAGUCUGAUGAUCAAAGACGAAGUAAGGUGAUGCUUGUUUUUUCAGAUGGCUUGGAUGAUGAGGUGGAAGUACUUGAGCAAAAAUCAGAAGAACUCAGAAAAAAAGGAUUGGAUGCACUGAUAACCAUUGCUCUGGAAGGAGUCUCCAACAUUCACGAGCUUCAAUUCAUUGAAUUUGGAAAAGGAUUUGAAUAUAGGACUCAGUUAAAUAUUGGCAUGAGUAAUAUUAUGAACCUGCUGUCCAAGUAUGUGAAUGCUGUUGCUGAAAGGAAAUGCUGCUGUGUCUUCUGUAAGUGCAGUGGAAACAGGGGUCCUGCUGGACAGCCAGGAAGUAAAAGAGAGAAGGGACUACCAGGCCCAAAAGGCAGUCCUGGACACUCAGGAGAAGAAGGAGAUCCGGGUCCAAGAGGACCGACUGGACCAAGAGGAGAAAUAGGCACUCAGGGCUGUCAAGGCGUAAAAGGCGUUAAGGGGAGCCAAGGAAUAGGUGGUCAAAAGGGAGAAGAAGGGGACGGUGGAGUUGAUGGAAUUGAUGGAGAACAGGGAUCGUAUGGGUUUCCAGGGAAGAAGGGAGAAAGGGGUGAUGAUGGUUACCAGGGUAGUUCAGGGCCAAAAGGACCUCCUGGUGAGCGUGGCAAGAAGGGUUUUCGAGGAGAUCCCGGGACCCCUGGAUUGGACAAUGAUAUAAGAGGGCCUAAAGGUUCAAAAGGAGAACAGGGAAGACAGGGUGAUAGAGGACCAAAAGGGUCAGCUGGCUCUCCGGGCUCUAGAAACUCUUUGGGACCAGCGGGUCAAAAAGGACAACCAGGUAUACCGGGUGUGAAAGGAGAUCCUGGUUUUGAUGGCUCUAACGGAGAUCAAGGAUUUAGAGGACCCCAGGGACCUGGAGGAAUUCAAGGUGUGAAAGGAGAUCCAGGGAGUCAAGGAAAUAAAGGUCCUCAGGGGAUCCCAGGAAGUGAAGGUUCAAAAGGGAAUCCUGGAAGUCCUGGAGUAAGAGGAAGUAAAGGAGAAACUGGUGAACCUGGACCAAAAGGACUUGUAGGACCAUAUGGUUCCCGGGGGAUGCAGGGAGAAGAUGGUAUUGACAUACAAGGUAGAGUAGGAAGAAAAGGUGUAAAGGGACAAAAUGGAUGCCCUGGAGAUACUGGAAUGCAGGGUGAAAUGGGUGAUGCAGGAAUUCCUGGUGAGCCUGGACCAAAAGGAAAUGUGGGAAACAUGGGCACUGCAGGCAAUGCUGGGAAAAUAGGCGAUCCAGGAGACCCAGGACAUCGAGGACGUAGGGGGCCAAGAGGACCAAAAGGAGAGUCCUCAUUUCCAGAGUGUGGCCUAAUUAACUAUGUACGCAACCACAGCCGUUGUUGGAGUGGGAAACCAGAAUGUCCAGUGUAUCCAACAGAACUGGUGUUUGCCUUAGACUUAUCUGAGGAUGUCACCCCUCAGAUAUUCCAAAGGAUGAAAGACAUAGUCAUAUCAAUAGUGACUGACACCAGAACGAGAGACAGCAACUGCCCCAUUGGAGCUAGAGUUGCCGUGAUGCAGUAUGGUUCACAUACACACUACGUGAUCCGAUUCUCAGAGUUCUACAACAAGAAACAUUUCAUUCAAGAAGUAAAAAAUCUGUCUCAUCAGAGAUCCAAGACUGUCCGGCAUAUUGGCAGUGCUAUGAGAUUUAUUGCCAGGCAUGUCUUCAAGAGAACGCUGCAGGCUCCUAAUGUAAGAAAAAUAGCAGUGUUUUUCAGCAAUGGGCCAUCUGCAGAUGCAUCUUCGAUUAAUACAGCGGUUCUGGAGUAUAGAGCAUUCGAUAUCAUUCCAGUAGUUAUUGCUUUCAAUGAUGUACCCAAUGUCAAUCAGGCCUUUAAGAUGGAUGACACUGGAAAGUUUCAGGUAAUAAAUAUAGAUCCAGAAGGGAACUAUAUACCAUUUUUACAACCAUUUCUUCUCUGCACACUGUGUUAUGACAAGUGUAACCCAGAUGCCUCCUGUAUGCUUCCUGAACCCUCUCCACCACAGACCUAUGUGGAUGCUGCUUUCAUUUUGGAUAGCUCCUGGAAAAUGAGCAGUGAUGAAUUUGAGACAGUGAAAGUCUUCCUCAGCAAAGCACUUGAUGCCUUUGACAUUUCGUCUUACCCAGUUAUUUCUGCUACAGGUGAUAGAGUAGCUAUGGUGAGCCAUGCUACACCAGGUUUCAAACCCAGGACACACAAGAGUCCAGUAAAGAUGGAGUUUGAUUUAGUCACCCACAGCAGUAAACUCUUAAUGCAGAAUCAUAUAAAAAAUUAUCUUCAACAGCUGAAUGGAGAAGCUGCUCUUGGAUAUACCAUUGAGUGGGUAAUGGAAAAUAUUUUCUCAGAGGCUCCAAACCCAAGAGACAACAAAUUCAUCAUUGUCAUAUCUGCUGGAGAAACAAGUUCAUGGGACAAGGAAAUGUUAAAGGAAGCAUUGAUGACAGCCAAGUGCCAAGGAUAUGCUCUGUUUGUAAUUUCUUUGAGGCCAUUGUGUAAUGACGAAGAACUGGAAGAGCUUGCUAGCAUUCCCUUAGAACAGCAUUUGGUUCAGCUUGGCAGAAUGCACAAGCCCGAUCUUGGAUACAUAGAGAGAUUUAUGAAAGCAUUUGUACGUCUCUUACGAAGUUCAAUUAACAGGUAUCCACCAGAGGAGCUUAGGACACCUUGUGAGACUACCAGUUUUCCAAGACCAUCCCCUUCUGUCACCCACGCUGAAGGCUCAGCAGAAGAGUAUGUCUCAGAUGCAUAUCUUGCAGCUGUAGGACAUUUAUUCAGCAUGCUACAGGCUGACCUCCAUGAUGACUUUCUAGAUACUGAUUUUAUCAGCACUGCAUAUGAGGAUUCAGCAACCGGAAACAAAACGGAGCAUGCUGAUAUAACAAAUAGCAGUAAUGAAGACUGCAUAUGAUUUGAAAUGGACGGACUUCAAAAUUCAAGUUAGUGACUGAAACUGGACACUGGCCUCAGGCUGAACAAAACAAAUUAUGAGGCAUGAUUCUGAUAUGCAGUAUUUUUCCAAAGCAGCAAUUCCUCUUUUCUAGGUCUCUUUCAAGGUUGGGCAACAGUGAACAAGAUUUCUUCUAGGUGCAUCAUGGAAGAAAUCUUGCCAUGAUGUUUCACAUUCCUUAUAACUUUCAUUUUUUUAAAUUAGGCAAAUUUCUUUACUUUAAAAAAAAAAAAAUCAAACAAAUUCUGGGUCUGAUUCUCUCCAGCAGUAAGUGCUCUCAACUCCCAUUCACUUCAGUGGGAGGUGGAGGCAUUUGGUAACUUUCAAGACCAUGACCUUAAAGAACUACCAGCUUUCAUUUUGGUGGAGCUGUCUGACAACAGAAGACACUGACUUGGUUACUGGAAAGAGAUGUUAUACAAAGGGCUCCUGUACACAUGCACAGAGCCUGCUCCGAUGCACUGAAAAUCCAGCACGUUAGAGCAGACUCGAUUGAUCAAGUCUGCUGGAAUAUGGAAACUGAUGCGUUCUUGCAGCCUCCUGUGUUCCGUGCAUCAGCAUCCCAGCAUAUCUUCACGCUGAAAAAAUGGUGGCAGGCCACUUUGAAAUAAAAUAUGUUUUAUCAGCUUUAGUUCCAAGUGCCCCACUAGCAUUUUUAAGCACGGGGAUGCUGAUACACAUGACGCCCAGGCAAUUUUUAAUUGGCAUGCCUUGCUAAUUAAAGCACCCAGUGCCAUAUCCCACAGCAUGUGCAAUGCCUUAAGCUGUGAUUCAGGUUCAUUACCAUGAAACUAUUUUCCUCAUACUGCUUUUACAGGCAUAAGUUUCACUAACUAAAGAUAAGAAAGCAAUUUAUUUGCUAUUAUGCUUCUUUAGACAAACAGAAACUAAUUAUAGGGCUGCUUUUUGACUGGUUUACUUAAGACAAAGGGGACUAAAUAAAGUAAGAACACAAGAGUGCAUCUCCUUGAAAACAACAAUUCUGCCUCAAAUUUGGCCUUUAAUUCUGCAUGCUACUUGGGUAUUCAAGAAUGGAGGAAAGUCUAAGUUGAACUGGUAAAAAUUUUUGAGGGAACAGUUUUCUGUUUGAAAAUGGUUCAACUAACCUGAAACAAUGCAUGGAAAUAUUGGCAGGGAAAUUGGCUUGUUAGCUCAGAAAUUUUCAAAAAAAUGUAUUGUAGAUCUUGCAAAAAGUGCUUUUUAAAUUGUUUCAAUUUAGGGAAGCUUGUAUAUUUCUGACUUGGACAGAAAAACUUCAGAAUUGCAAAAUUUCACACAAUGGAAGUGCUGGUGCCUACAAAGCUCUACUUGAGGGAGUUUCAUUCUAUUUGUACUUUAAUAUGAUUUUGAUAUGAAAAUGUCCUAGGAUUUAAUUUUAUAUAGUGAAACCUCAAGUUUAACUGGCAUGAUAUCAACAGUAGUAUAAAAAGACUAUGGUAGUGUUAAAGUGAGGUAGCUGUGAAGAUCCAGGAAUGAUAUGAGAAGUAAGGCAUUUUGGGGGGUGAUAUCUUCUAUUAGACCAACUGCAUGGUUGGAAAAAAACAAGACAAGCUUUUGAAUGCAAGAUGUUUUCAACAGGAUCUAAAGUACUUCUCUCAAGUUUCAUACAUGUAACAGUAUUAUGAAAACAGCCAAAAUUGCUAAAACCAAAACUGUGUUCCCUAUAAGCAGUAUUAUCUGUGAGGGUAAAAGUAAAAAAAUGUCAUCUUAGAUGAAUAUGGAAAACAAGCUGAGCCCCAAAAAAUCUUUUGUAAUAUAAAAGUCAAUGUCAACAGUACCAUACUCACACACUAUACUGUAUACAGUUCAGAUCAGCUUAACGUUUUAUGCUUCAGUUUUUGAAGUUUCACUGCUCACCUCUUUUCUGUAUAAAUCUCUCACCUUCAGUGAAAGCCAUUUCAAAGGGGAUAGUUUUACAAUGCACCUUCUGUUACUUUGUUACUAUCAUACCGAACUUUUUUAAUGCACUUUAUACAUGUCAUUACACUAAUUAAAACUACUUACCUGAAACAUCAGCUGGUGUUUUGUUUUACAAGAUAGCAAUAGCUAAUGCAAUGCAUUUAUGUCAGUUAAGACAUCAAGCCUAGUGAUGGUAAGAGGAACAUUUCCUGGCCAGCCAGUGCAUCCACACAAAAGCCAGUUUGAAACUGUUUGCAGAUGGAAAAUAAAAACAAGCCAUAGAAUCUACACACAUACCAAGCUUAUUACCCCUUCAUUUUUCUUGCCUCGGUAUUAUGGAAUUGGAGAAGCCAUUAUACCAUUUUAUGUGGUAAUGAAAUCAUAAGCAACACAGAAGAAUAGAAAGGCAACGUGUAGAACAGAAAGUCUAAGCAAUACAAACUGGUUUUCUGUUUCCCAUUAUAUAGUAAAAU